UGUGCCGAGCGGAGGCCACAGCCAGUCCCAGCGGGGACACGAUGCGCUCGGUGCCGGCGGCCUUCCUGGCCGAGCUCCCCGGCAGCCUCCUGCUCGCCGCCGUCUUCCUGCCCGUUGUCCUGCUGCUGCUCCUGCUCAUCCUCUGCUUCAGGGCCCAGCUUGUGCACGGCCCACCUGUGGAGCAGCACCCAGGCCUGUGACGCGGGCCUCCGCCCCAGGGCAGCACACCCCACGGCCGUCAGAAAGGGGCUCGGGGCCGUGACACAGGCACAGACACAGGCGUGCAGGCAACGUGUGCACACGCGCACCUGUUCUCAUGAAGGUGCCAAACGCUGUGCGAUCAGGGCGCUUGGCGAAUGUUGGGCUGAGGGCUUGGCGUUAACUCUCCGUGAGUCUUUAGUCUGAAGGAAAAACCAAACCAAACCAAACCAAAGCGAAGCACCAGGAGCUCUGAGCCAGUCAGGCCGCCGCUGAGUUCUGCUGUAAGUGAGCAACUGAAGUGUGACGCCGGGCUGAGCGUCACUUGGGUGCGUGGCAGGCACCAGAUCGGCGAGCUGAAGGGUCCCCGGCAGGGCUCCUGAGGCUGGUGCUGCUGCCAUGCACGGCGCCCAGGAAAGGAGCAGCGAGGCAGGCGUGAAGGUCCUUCCUCUCCCGUGGACGUGUGCCAGGUGCACGUGAUGUCUCUACAGGGGCCCCGCUCCCCACGGGGGCUCCCGACCCUCAGUGAAGGCCAUCACAUACGACCUACGAUCAAAUAGAAGGACAGCUGGGGUAUUUUCUUUUUUUUAAUAGAGGGGAAGGGCCAAGGGAGAGAGAGGAGGAGAAUCUCAAGCAGGCUGUGCGCCCAGUGUAGACCCUGGUGCAGGGCUCGAUCUCACACCCUGGGGUCAUGACCUGAGCCAAGAUCAGGAGUUAGAUGCUUAACCGACUGACCCCCCCCAGGAGCCCGGGGACACUUGUGGGAGGAGACGGGGAACACAAGGAGGCCCUGGAGGACGGGGAGCAUGCCGCCGGGUAGCGGGGUUCCAUCCCAACUUACCGACUCUCCCUGGCUUUCCGUCCUGUGCCUCCUCUCUGCGAGCGCCGUCCCGGAGGAGCCAGCUGUCCGUGUCGCUGUCUGGCAGCGGGCCCAGCCCUCCUCCCUGCUAGGUCGGCUUGGCCUCCACUGCUCAGCCUCCUGGCCCUUAACGGCCCCAAGCCCUGGAAGAGAAACUUGAAACGGGAGGAGAGCCUGGGGGCUCCCCGGAAUGCUGGGGCAGGAUGGCAGCCCCCGGCCCAGGCAGUGCUGCCGGGCCCGGCAUCGAGCACCCCACGGAGCAGCAGCACCGUCCUACAUCGCGGUCACAGACCGGAGCCAGCCGUCCAACCCAGGUUUCGCUUCCGGCCACCUUUCUGGGUAACUUGAGUAUCUCAAAGAUGCAGAAAGCGGGAAGCAAGGGAAGCAACGGGCCGAGGGAGCCGACGGCCCCAACGUGCCCUCCGCCUCCGCCAUCAGCCCUUCGAGGCCAGGCCACUCAGCCGGACACCCGGUGCCGGGCCAGACGCUUCAAGAAGGAUCUGACUUUACAGCCUUCCGUAGCCCUGGGCGCCAUCUGGGCAAACUCCUGUGAUCUGCAGAGACGGACAAGGAGGCCUCCGGGCUUCCCGCCGCUCAGGCAAUGCGGCCCUGCUCAGCUGGGGGAUGUGGACGCGCCACACACGGCCAAGGCCCAGGCCGACGGUCACGUCCCCUUGGGAGCCCGGGGACGGCAGCCCACCCGGCGCUGCGCCCGCACCCCAGGGCGGGGAGGGGACACCCUGUGCGGGCAGCGGGGGCGCAGUGCCAGGCCUGGGGCAGGCCCGGUGUGGACGGGUCGAGGCAGCAGGGUGCUUCCGUCUUGGCCAUGUCCCUGCCCGGCACGUGCUCCGGAGAGAGCCCCGAGGCAGCGCCUAAUGUGGGGGGAGGCAGGAGGCCGCCCGCACCACAGGCCAACACCUGGGGUCCCCGCCGCCGAGGCUCCCCCUGCACGUGCACGGGCCCGGAGGGGCUCCCACGUAUCUAGGGCCUGCCACGCGCCAGGGAGGGGCCAGGCCCGGGGACAGGGUCCCACCAGGGCCUUUCAGAACCCAGAGAACCACCCCAGGUCUGCAAAACCCCAAAAGGCACCUGGCAAAACCGUGAGAAGCCCUUAGAGACGCGGCCCAUCUCUGCUUCUGGCUGUGAUCUCGGUCAUGGGUCUGGGCGGCGCCUCAGGAGUGGCCUCCCCGUCCCCCAGCCUUGGGGCCCCGCGCUCCCAGCAGAGGCAGCUGCGUACCCACCGCAACGAGCAACACCCACCCCCCCGGCCACCUGCCCUCCCGGGCUCCCCUUCCCUGGCAUCUCCUGAGGUCUAGGGCUGCGGCUCCAGGUGGGAGGCUGGGGGGGAGGGGGGAGGAGCUGGGAGGCAUGGGGAGGAGGAGGGGCCAGCGCCACUCCACCCUGGGUGCUUCAUGCACCAGGUGGCCCAUGUCGGCGCCUGCAGGACAGCAGGGGAGCACCACCCGCUGGUCCACAGGAGCACUACCUGCCAUGGGAGCCCCAGCUGCCGGCCCACGGGAGCACCGCCCACCAGCCCCAUGGGAGGACUGCCCCCCCACGGGAGGACCGCCUGCCAGCCCCAUGGGAGCACCACCCACCGGCCCCAUGGGUGCACUGCCUGCAGGCUCCACAGGAGGACCUCCCACCGGCCCCACAGGAACACCGACCCCCGGCCCCAUGGGAGCACCGCCCGCCAACCCAUGGAAGCACUGACCCUGGCCCCACAGGAGCACCACCCCUUGGCCCAUGGGAGCAUCACCCACUGGCCCACAGGAGCACUGCCCGCUGGUCCCACGGGAGGAGUCCCCCCCCACAGGAGCACUGCCCACUGCCCCACGGGAGCACCACCCGCUGGCCCCAUGGGAGAACUGCCCCCCACGGGAAGACCGCCCCCUGGCCCACGGGAGCACCGCCUGCCAGCCCCAUGGCCAAAGCGGGUUUCCCCACUGCUUCCCUUCAGUUCGGACUAGGCCCCGGUGCGCCGGCUGUGGCAAGUGGGGUUGGAGUGCUGGUCCCUGUGGGCACCGGCCAGGGGCAGCUCCCGGGAAGCCUGCCCUGCAUGGCUCUCAAAAACCUCCUACUCACACCACAGGCUGCUGAUCUUUCCCUCUUCUCCCAAAGGGAACUGUGCAUCCUUUUCAUGGGUAACUCCUGCCUAUACGUUUUCCAGGGUUAGCAGGCAACCUUAGCCUGAACAUACUUUCAUUUUUAUGUAGGUCUCUUCCCUUUGUUUUCCAAAUUUUCCUUUAAAGAAAAAGAUCUUUAAGAAUAUUUUAAAAAGGCUGUUCUUUCUGUAGCUGUUUUCCUAAGUGUAAGUAGUUAUAUCAUUUCUAUACUUUUAGGGGAAUUGAGAGCACUUGGCCCCAAAUAAGAUAUCACCAGUUCGUAUCUUUAUUUAGCUGUUCCCACUUAAAAACCGUAGGCAGAUGGUCAAGUGUCACGUCAUGAAUCUUCCAACUAGGGUCACGGCAAAUGUAAUUGUUCCUAUUUUGUUCCUGUAAAGAAAAGGACAUUGAGAGAUUAAGCGGGGUGUUCACAGAAUCCCAGAGUCCUACAUUCUGGAGCAGAAAACCAGCUCGCCCGCCCCAUACGUCCUAGUCCAUCCACCGAAGAGGCAUUUUAGGAUGUGAUGGACGGUAUUGUGAUCGCUCACCACUGAUCCCCACAUUCGGAGGUAAUGGUGCCCGCGGAGCUAAUUAGUUUGUAGACCCCAACGUUCUCACAAAGGAAGAAAGGAAAUUCUCUAGCGUCAUGCGCUCUCCGUCCCUUGCCUUGAGGAGUGGCUUUGGAGGCAGCUCGGAAGCCUGAACCUCCCAUCAGCGAAGCCUUCAUCACCCACUGCCAUGGACAUUUCCUACCUUGUGGAGCAGAGGCUUGGAUGAUCUCCCCAAGUCCUGUGAUUCCUAAACCUCUACCUACAGUGCGAUACUUGCCCCCCAAAUACCUUCACCCUGACCAAGCACAGAAUGCUCUCUAAAUAACCAACAGUGCCCAAAUAAUCAUUAUUUUCUUAAAAACAAGUCUAUUGAAUGCCUGCAAGUUUCCGUAUGGGGUUAGACCCAAAAUAAGGCCCAGUAAGUGAUUGCAGUCUGGCCCUCAGUGACGUUCACGUUCCAGAACAAACAUCUCAAGCGCUGAAAAUGCGCGGGCGCCCAGACAGCUUUCACUGACCUUCAUAUGUGUGUCCCAGUGGUCCGCGAUCGAGAGGGGGAAAGAACAAGUCCAGACGACGUAAGGGUUAGUGGAGAGCUCGGACUGUGGAACCAAACCAAACGGGGUUUGACUUCCAGAUGUCGCCACGGCCACCCGACCUCCUGAGGUCGUUUCUUCGUCUCUAAAAUCAGGUCGUAGCAGGAAAUAGCCAUCUGGUUGGUGUGGCGGUUGAGUGAGGCGCUACGCACAAGGUUCUCAAGAGCGCCUACCACAAAACUACCGUGAUCACUACUCCUGCAGCUUACAACCCCCUAGAAGCUGUGUUUUGGCACAAGCGUAGCUAUGAUUAAAAAUCACCCUUGUAAGAAUUAACUAAGCUGCCCAAAUCGCUCACCUGGAGAGUGGGAGAGACCAGAACGGAACUGGGCGGGCGGGCGCCGGAGCUAGGCUUGUCCGCUACCAUGCAGACUGCACGUGCGCAGGCACCUGCUGCAGGGGUGCACCCACCGACACGGAGGGGGCCGGGGGAGAACUUUAAGCAAGGCAAGGAGCUGAUGAAAGCUCGGAGCGGCUUUGCUCUCCUCACGGGACAGCUUACGAGUGACGGGGACUCCUUAGCGCCAAGGCUUCGCCCUGAGUCCCAGAGGCCACAUCCCUUCACCUGGGGCCUCAAGAGGGAGACAUCCAUCGCCUAUGGAGGGGGCUCAAGGACAAACUCCGUGUUCUCAAGGCCACCUGGUGUCACCUGCCUGGGGCCUCCCGGUGUGCUCCCUGAGCCAGGGGAGCCAAAAGGGGCGGGGGGGGGGGCGCUGCGCUUGGUGGGCUCCCCCUGGGGCUCUCCAUGCUGGUUCUCGCUCCCUGACUCCUGUCCGUCAGUCUCGCUGCCCAGGUCGACCAUUCUCAGUUCUGCGAUGUGUGUCCCGGUUCCUCUGUCACAGCACCGAUCGUGUGGUCAGUCUUCGGGGUUACGGGGGAGAGGGACCCAUCCCCUCUGGAUGAGACUGUGGCCUAGCGGGGCCCCUCGAGAGACGCCUUGGUGCCAGCAGUGGUCCCAGGAAGGGGGUGGGCAGCGGGGCCCAGUGUGGCCAGGUGGGCGCGGCACCUGCAGGCUGGGCACAGCCUGAAGCUUCCAGAGUGCAGAGAACUGGUGUCACCUGCCUCAGCAUGUGCGGCCCUGAGUAAGACAAGCGAGGGCAACAGCCACAGGACACCACUGCGAGAAUGAGGCGCGUGAGGUGUGCACAGCGAUUCCCGGUGUGGGCCCUGCCCCGUCCUCCCCACGUCCCCUGCUGCAGCUUCCGAGGCUCGGGGAACCCACGCCCGUCACACCCAGGGCCCGGGUGACUCCUCCAGGGCAGGCGCGGUGCCCAGCGGGGGACAUGCCGCGUGGGCCCAAUCGAGCCAAAGACCCAUGAACACGCAGCCCCCGCUACAGGCUCCUGGUCUCGGAUCUGGAUGACCCAGUAACUGCGGUUCUGGAAAGAAGAUUCUGAGGAGGAGAAGCAGGCCCGGGGCCAGGCGGGCGAGAAGGCGGGGGUAUUUGCUGCCAUUCAGGGAAGACCCGGGGGACCCGCGGGGACCUCAGGGGACAUUGCAUGGCCGCCAGGGGGGUGACACUGGAGCUGCAGAGGCAAGCGGGAGGCCGCAGGUCGCGGGGGGUGGUGACAGCCGGAGUAAGGGGCUCGGGCCGGGCCACCGAAGGGAGCUGCAUGGGAAGGCGCCACUGUCCCUGGCCCGGGGCCACCGGGAGCUCGCGGGGUCGGGCAGGUGCGCAGGCGAUGAAGGUCGCAACCGUCAGUUCAGUGAAGGACGAGAGGCAGCAGGGGGAGGGCAGCGCCAGCCGAUGGCCCCACACAGGUUUGGGGGGCCUGUGUCCCCCUUCACACCCCUGCCUUGGCCUACGACCUGCUUUAUCGAUGCCAACCCAGUGGGGCCUUAGGGACGCUGAUCGUGGGAUCAGAACUCACUGAGCUCGCACCUGUCAGGAUGACGUGUCCGCCACCGUCGGGAGC